GGUUCGCUCGCUCGCUCGCUCUCGGCGGCCGCUCUCGCUGCGGCUGCGGCUGGGGCUGGGGGCGGCGGCGGCGACGCGGGCGGCGGGCGGCGCGGGGCGGUCCGGCGGGUUCAAAGAGGAAAACAUGGCGGAAAACAAAGGCGGCGGCGAGGCUGAGAGCAGCGGCGGGGGCAGCGGCAGCGCGCCGGUAACUGCCGGGGCCGCGGGGCCCGCGGCGCAGGAGGCGGAGCCGCCUCUCGCCGCGGUGCUGGUGGAGGAGGAGGAGGAGGAAGGCGGCAGGGCCGGCGCGGAGGGCGGCGCGGCCGGGCCCGACGACGGGGGGGUGGCCGCGGCCUCUUCGGGCUCGGCCCCGGCUGCCUCAGCCCCUGCGGCCUCAGUGGGCCCCGGAGUUCCUGGGGGGGCGUUAUCGACGCCGGCCCCAGCUCCAGCCUCGGCUCCUGCUCCGGGUCCCUCGGCGGGGCCGCCUCCUGGACCGCCAGCCUCGCUCCUGGACACCUGCGCCGUGUGUCAGCAGAGCUUGCAGAGCCGGCGUGAGGCGGAGCCCAAGCUGCUGCCCUGUCUUCACUCCUUCUGUCUGCGCUGCCUGCCCGAGCCUGAGCGCCAGCUCAGCGUGCCCAUCCCGGGGGGCAGCAACGGCGACAUCCAACAAGUUGGUGUAAUACGAUGCCCAGUAUGCCGCCAAGAGUGCAGACAGAUAGACCUUGUGGAUAAUUAUUUUGUGAAAGAUACAUCUGAAGCUCCUAGCAGUUCUGAUGAAAAAUCAGAACAGGUAUGUACUAGUUGUGAAGACAAUGCAAGUGCUGUUGGCUUUUGUGUAGAAUGUGGAGAGUGGCUAUGUAAGACAUGUAUCGAAGCACAUCAAAGAGUAAAAUUCACUAAAGAUCACUUGAUCAGGAAGAAAGAAGAUGUCUCAGAGUCUGUUGGAGCAUCUGGUCAGCGCCCUGUUUUCUGCCCUGUACACAAACAAGAACAGUUGAAACUUUUCUGUGAAACAUGUGAUAGACUGACAUGUAGAGACUGUCAGCUAUUGGAACACAAAGAACAUAGGUACCAAUUUUUAGAAGAAGCUUUCCAAAAUCAGAAAGGUGCAAUUGAGAAUCUACUCGCUAAGCUUCUUGAGAAGAAGAAUUAUGUUCAUUUUGCAGCUACUCAGGUGCAGAAUAGGAUAAAAGAAGUAAAUGAGACUAACAAACGAGUAGAACAGGAAAUUAAAGUGGCCAUUUUCACCCUUAUCAAUGAAAUUAAUAAGAAAGGAAAAUCUCUCUUACAGCAGCUAGAGAAUGUUACAAAAGAAAGGCAGAUGAAGUUACUACAGCAGCAGAAUGACAUCACAGGCCUUUCCCGACAGGUGAAGCAUGUUAUGAACUUUACAAACUGGGCAAUUGCAAGUGGUAGCAGCACUGCACUACUAUACAGCAAGCGACUGAUCACUUUUCAAUUGCGUCAUAUUUUGAAAGCACGAUGUGAUCCAGUCCCUGCUGCUAAUGGAGCAAUACGUUUCCAUUGUGAUCCUACCUUCUGGGCAAAGAAUGUAGUCAAUUUAGGUAAUCUAGUAAUAGAGAGUAAACCAGCUCCUGGUUAUACUCCUAAUGUUGUAGUUGGGCAAGUUCCUCCAGGGACAAACCACAUUAGUAAAACCCCCGGGCAGAUUAAUUUAGCACAACUUCGGCUCCAGCACAUGCAACAACAAGUGUAUGCACAGAAACAUCAGCAGUUACAACAGAUGAGGAUGCAGCAACCACCAGCACCUGUACCAACAACAACAACAACAACACAGCAGCAUCCUAGACAAGCAGCACCUCAAAUGUUACAGCAACAGCCUCCACGAUUGAUCAGUGUGCAAACAAUGCAAAGAGGCAACAUGAACUGUGGAGCUUUUCAAGCCCAUCAAAUGAGACUGGCUCAGAAUGCUGCCAGAAUACCAGGGAUACCCAGGCACAGCGGCCCUCAAUAUUCCAUGAUGCAGCCACACCUCCAAAGACAACACUCAAACCCAGGGCAUGCUGGACCCUUUCCUGUUGUAUCGGUACACAACACCACAAUCAACCCAACGAGCCCUACUACGGCAACUAUGGCAAAUGCAAACCGAGGUCCCACCAGCCCAUCUGUUACAGCAAUAGAGCUAAUCCCCUCAGUUACCAAUCCAGAAAACCUUCCAUCGCUGCCAGAUAUUCCACCCAUACAGUUGGAAGAUGCUGGCUCAAGUAGUUUAGAUAAUCUACUAAGUAGAUACAUCUCAGGCAGUCACCUACCCCCGCAGCCUACAAGCACCAUGAAUCCUUCCCCAGGACCCUCUGCCCUAUCUCCAGGAUCAUCAGGUUUAUCCAAUUCUCACACACCUGUAAGACCCCCUAGUACCUCUAGUACUGGCAGUCGAGGCAGCUGUGGGUCAUCAGGAAGAACUGCUGAGAAGACAAGUCUUAGUUUUAAAUCUGAUCAAGUAAAGGUCAAGCAAGAACCUGGAACUGAAGACGAAAUAUGUAGUUUUUCAGGAGCUGUGAAACAAGAAAAGACAGAAGAUGGCAGGAGAAGUGCUUGCAUGUUGAGCAGUCCUGAGAGUAGCUUGACACCACCCCUCUCAACUAACCUGCAUCUAGAGAGUGAGUUGGAUGCAUUAGCAAGCCUGGAAAACCAUGUGAAAACUGAACCAACAGAUAUGAAUGAAAGCUGCAAACAGUCAGGGCUCAGCAGCCUUGUUAAUGGAAAGUCCCCAAUUCGAAGCCUCAUGCACAGGUCAGCAAGGAUUGGAGGAGAUGGCAACAGCAAAGAUGAUGACCCAAAUGAAGACUGGUGUGCUGUCUGCCAAAACGGAGGGGAUCUCUUGUGCUGUGAAAAAUGUCCAAAGGUCUUUCAUCUAACGUGUCAUGUUCCAACACUUCUUAGCUUUCCAAGUGGGGACUGGAUAUGCACAUUUUGUAGAGAUAUUGGGAAGCCAGAAGUUGAAUAUGACUGUGAUAAUUUGCAACAUAGUAAGAAGGGGAAAACUGCACAGGGAUUAAGCCCCGUGGACCAAAGGAAAUGUGAACGUCUUCUGCUUUACCUCUAUUGCCAUGAAUUAAGUAUUGAAUUCCAGGAGCCCGUUCCUGCUUCGAUACCAAACUACUAUAAAAUUAUAAAGAAACCAAUGGAUUUAUCUACCGUGAAAAAGAAGCUUCAGAAAAAACAUUCCCAACACUACCAAAUCCCAGAUGACUUUGUGGCUGAUGUCCGUUUGAUCUUCAAGAACUGUGAAAGGUUUAAUGAGAUGAUGAAAGUUGUUCAAGUUUAUGCAGACACACAAGAGAUUAAUUUGAAGGCUGAUUCAGAAGUAGCUCAGGCAGGGAAAGCAGUUGCAUUGUACUUUGAAGAUAAACUCACAGAGAUCUACUCAGACAGGACCUUCGCACCUUUGCCAGAGUUUGAGCAGGAAGAGGAUGAUGGUGAGGUAACUGAGGACUCUGAUGAAGACUUUAUACAGCCCCGCAGAAAACGCCUAAAGUCAGAUGAGAGACCAGUACAUAUAAAGUAAAAUGACAUGGAUUUAAAUCAAUUGUUUAAAAAAAAAAAAUGAAAAAGAAAAGGAAAAAAACAGAAAACUUUUAUUUAAGUGUUGCUGGAAUAUCCUGCCUACAGUGGGCACCUCCUUGAAGAAGCUGAUAGCUUUUACACAGUAUUAGAUUGAAAUAAUGGAGAGAAAACAUAUUCUUGUCAAGAAAGGGGAGAGAACUCUAUUUACAACCUUAAAGGAAAAACUAAAAGAAAAAGUGAAAUGAUGUGAGGAUUUCUGUUACUAAUGAGGAUGGUUCUUUGUUAAAAUGGCAAAUGUUGAUCAUGUGGAAUUGAUUGGUACACGAUACUGGAUGUAUAAGUAAAUACUUGAGGCUCAUGUUGCUUGAUAAAUUGUCUUUUUGGACUAGGUCACACAGUUAUUACAAAUUUUUAAGCCUCCCCCUCCACAUACAUACAUACUGAGUUGUUUUCUAGUUAAAAAUACUUUAGAGUAGCUCAGAUUCCACUUUAAUGUCAGUGCAGAUGUGCACUGAAUUAUGCCAUUAUAUUUUUUCUCAUUUUAAUGCUGUUGGGUCUUAGUUUUUAAAUUCAUUUAAAGAAUUGAACAGUAGUUUUAUUUUCUACUCAUACUUAGGGUCUAGGAGACAUGACCACUGGUCAUGAUUUAAUCAGCUUCAAUGCUCUACUGAAAUAAAAAUGGUAACUUUUCAAUAGUGGAUCAUGUAGAGUUGUAGUAGUCAUUUCCAGAAAACACUUCCACACAAUUACACUUCCCAAUUAAAUCAUGUGAUCAUACAGUUAUUCCCAUGAAAGGCAGAAUGUUUGUUUCAAAAUUAAUCUAGUUUUCUGUACAUUUAAAUUUGAGAAGGUGACAACUGGCUCUUAUUCAGUCUUCCUUCAUAUCAGUUUUCUGAUAGACCACUAUUGGCAAACAGUUAUCUGUCAACUACCAAAUGUGUAAAAUUUUCUGUAUUUCACUUUGUCUUAUUUGUAAAUAGUGAACUAAAACUUCUGGCAGAUCAGCAACAUUUGCUGAGCCUGUUUUUUAAGCUAAUGUGUAUUCUUACUAAUGUUCCUAUCAAGAAUGGAUUUGUAAUAUAUGCUGUCUAUUUCUAAUGUUCACAUUCAUAUUUUGAGGUUCUAUCUUAUUUUAAUAGAGAACAGACUUCUCAAAAAAUCUUCAGAAGCAGCUUAUUAUUGAAAUAUCAAAAUAUUGAAAUAAACCCGGUGGGGUUAGGUUACUCAUCUGUCCACCAAGUGGGACAUAUGCAUGGACUGGGGGCUUUAAGGAGUUAGAAGAGACCUGUAAGUAAAUCCUGAAAAUGAGCCAAUCCCCACUUGAAUGGUUACUGGAAUAAACCCACCAUUACUACCCUGAUUGCAGCACCUGAGGAUGAACCAACUUGGCUUUGGUUCAUUUUUCUUCUCUUCAUUUGUGAUACUCAAAUUUAAGAUACAUGUUCUAGACUAUGUACAGGCUUCUCUUUUGUUGGGUUAAAAAUCUUAGUCCUACUUUUGUAUGGACACAUUAGAAUAUAAAGAGACCAAAAUAGAUGAAUUUGCCGUUAGAUAUUUUUCAGACGUCAGCAGAUUUGUGGUAAAUCAUUUGCCUUUUUAAAAAUUCAGUUUAAUCAUGUCAGACAGUAAACUACUCAGAAAAUUAUUUGACAUAAUUGUCUAAGAGGUAAAUAUUUUUUAGUGCGUAUUGAAUCAAAUAAAGUGCUCUAAAGAAAUUAUUAUACAAAUUCCUUUGGGUUGUUUUUCUUUUCUUAACAAGUGGUGGUGGGUAAACAAAUACGAUUCAGGCCUUUUGAUUAUGUAUUUAAAUAGUAUUGAUUUUAUUACUGCUAUUGACUCUCUUUAUUCCCUUGCUUCCUUUUAGCUUCUCUUUCAGUUUUGUUAUAAGUUAAGCUUUUAAAAAUAUACCAAACUAUUAAAUUACUUCAUUCAAAUUUCAAAUUCCUAAGAAAGUUUUUUAAUAAAAGGGAGAAAAUAGUUUUAAAAUACUUUUACCUAUGGCUAUUUCCCUUUAUUCUACAACAUCCAUGGUUUCAAUUUAUAAGUAGACAUAUAUCUAAGGGAAAAUUUUUGGAAAGUGAGGAGCAGCAGUAUAACUUUGUUUUAUCAAGCCUUUGAGUUCUAAUGUUUUAUAUUUGCUCUUCAUAUGAAUCCUUUUUUUAAAAAAUCGUAGGUAAUAAGUCAUAAAUAGAUUCUGCCAGCUGGGGGGAGAAAUAAAUUUUAAGUAAAUAUUUGUCAAUAUUUGUCGCCUUAAGAGAUAAUGUAUUUCCUUAAAAACAUUUCCAUGUUAGGAGUUUUUGGCUUUUUUUGUUUUAUUUUAAGGUUGGUUAAAGUAAUCAGUUUAAAACCACUUUGUUGUCAAUAUUUAAUAGGCUCCAUUUCUGUUAAUAGAAAAUAGUUCAUACUGCUGAGGAAUUACUAAUAAUACCUAUCAACAAACCACCAUUGAGUAAAGGUAUUCACUUGAGAUUUCACUAAAGCUUUUUUUCUUGCACACGUAUCAUUGUUUCUGAGUUGAUUUGUUCAGCCCUAAGAUAACUAUAGUUAAAAUGUUUGAAGAUUUAAAUUGAUAUUCAGAUAUCUUACAAUGUUUUCCUAUUAACUUAUGUUUCAAAAAGACAAAGAUUGAAUAUCUAUCAAUCCCUGAAGACAGUUUGUUUGAUACUCUCUUACAUUUAUAUUCUUUGUUUAAAAGGCAGUAAAUAUUUUAGAUUUGGAGGAAUGUCCACAUAAUAAUGUUUUAUUGAAAGCUUUUAAAGUUUUUGCCAUGCUUCAGUUUACUUCUCCCAUCAGAAAACUAAGAACAAAAUGUUCCUCGAUCUGUUCUGCUGACCUAAAUUUGUGCUUUUAGCACUUGAUUCAGCUCAUUCAUUGAAUGAAGAAAUUGCCUUACUAGGUGAAGCAUGUGAAAGUUCCAAAGUAUGGUUAGAUUGUAGGUCAUGCUCUAUAUAGAAAUAUCAAACCAUUACUACAGAGAAAUGAUAGAGCAUUGGAUCCACUGUUGAAAUUAUUCUUUUUGGAAUCAACAAAUUGAUCCUUUCUGAUUUUAUUUCUUACGUAAGGGAAUUUUAGAUAAUUUUAGGUCUCACUUUUUAUCAAAACAAGUUUUGAGAUUUUUAGUUACUCCAAAGAAAUGCUUUUAAAAUAGAAGCAAAAGGUUUAUAGUGUGCAAAUUUUAGAUAUAUCAAUUACCUCAGCAGGUAUCCUGCCAUGUAAUUAUUAGUGAUUAGUGUUAAUAAGCCAAUAGAUUCAGGUCUUCCAACUAUGCCCUUGGAUUAUGGUCUACCAUAUGUGAUUAAAUGGUCUCUUACUCCAAAAUGGGAGUAGACGCUGUGGCCCCCUCUCCCUUGGCCUUUACAUCCUGUGUCCAUCCCUGUUCAUAUACAACACGUGAAAUAUAAAAAUCGCAUUUCUUAUCAAAGUCAGCACUGCUUAUUUGCUUGCAUACUCAGCAUUGGAUCAGUGAGUAGUUUUAUAAAAAUCCAUGCUCCCAACUCCCUUAAAACAAUCAAAUUCUUAAUUCAUGCCAUGAAUUCUUAAUUUAUGCCAUCCAUAUUAAUGAUCUGCUGAACAUGAUUCGAUAUUUUCAAGUUGUAUUACAGUUUGACCAUGUACCAGACCUGGAUGUUUCCUUUAAUUUUUUUCUCACAGUUAUCUCCUCCUUGAUAAAGCAAUAACACUGCUUUAAAUCUGUUGCCUAAUAGCAUGUCAGAAUCCUCUCCUGGAUGGUGAUUUUAUAGAAAAGUUUGUAUGCAUAUCACCCAGUCUAUCUUUUAAAAAUUAAGAAAUUUAAAAGUAUGCUGGAGGUAAUGACAAUAUAUUGUGGCAUUUUAUUUUAAAAAUUGGGGAAAGUUGCAUAUUUUUUUAAAAGUAGGUGUUUGAGUAAAAAAAAUAAUCGAAGGUACUUUUUUAAGGAAAAAAAUUUAUAUGCCACAGUUUACAUAGACAUUUCCGAUUUCAACAUGUACUCUUGAAUAUAGCAGUUUCUUUUACUUGGUCAAAAUGCAUGUAUAGCAUUUCUUUCAUUUUAGUUCCUUGUGUUUGCCUAUGUGGUCCUUUAUAUUUUUUAUUGUAUCUGAGAAACAAAAUUAUCUUCAGAAAUAAAUUAAUUUGGAUAUAUUUAUCAUAUCAAACUCUACAGAAUGUACAAAAUUAAGUUUAGCCCUUUUCCAGCCAGUGAUCUUUGAAAACUAAAAAUGCUAUUCUUUUAAAUUCACCAAUUUUAUAUGUGGGAAGGCACUGAAAUGAUUUUGUAAGUGCCGCUGGCAAUAUUCCCUUUCAAGUGUGGCCUAAAUUUCAAACUUAAGGAUGGAAUGCAUGUCUGCUCCUGGUCUGAAAAAAUGUAGGCAUUUACUAUGUUUUAAAACACAGUGAAACGUGUACAUAAGCCUAUAAAAAAGAUUUGUGCAAUUUGAAAGCCUGUUAAUUUUUUAUGUAGACAUACCUACACAUGAAAGGGUUAAAUUCACAGCCUUACUAGUUGCCCAGUAUUUCAAUUGGUCUCCCCCCAUUGUUAUUAUUACUACUACUAUUAUUUUUGCACAUAGUUAACUACCCUCAAUAUGAUUCUUAAAAAGUGCUGUUUCUGUGGUAUUGUAUUCUCUAAAUAAUCAUAUUUAAUUUUUUUAAACAAGGUUGCAGUUUCUAAUUGUUCCGUUCCUGUGUUUUUGCUGGUGUGUAAUAAAAGCAAGUUUUUUCUUUUCAUGGUUAUUUAAUACAUUAGCUGCCUGUAAAUAAUUCUUGUUAUAAUGCUCUGGAAUGUGUUGUAGAAGUUGUAUUAGAUUAGUUUAAACCCUUGUUUGAAAACCACAUUGUUUUGUUUAUUUCUAUUAAAUUAGAAAAUUGAAAAAGUU